AAGGAGGUCGACUUUUCAGCAUUAUUAAAACACGAAGAAGAAGCAGCAGGCCAGCAUCAUCACACUUCUCAAGAUCUCACUCACUCUCUCACACACACUAUCGUUUCCUAGAGAGGAAAGAGAGAGAGAGAGAUCAUUCAACAGUUCCAUUAUAAAAUACCCUCUUCAAGUGAAAGCAGCAAAAGUAUCAUCAUCUCCUAUCUCUCUCCCUGCUCCCAUUCCCAAGACUUUGUGUUGAAGAAAGAUGGGGACUUUGAGUAAGGCUCUAUGUCUUCUGCUUCUCUACUGUGUCUCGGCCUCUGCUGCUGCUACUGGAGGUUAUCUCAAGUACAAGGACCCAAAGCAGCCAUUAGGUGCAAGAAUCAGGGACCUCAUGAACCGCAUGACUCUCCAAGAGAAGAUUGGUCAGAUGGUUCAGAUCGAACGCACCGUCGCCACACCUCAAGUCAUGAAGAAGUACUUCAUCGGGAGUGUGUUGAGCGGUGGAGGAAGUGUGCCUUCUCCAAAGGCCACGCCUGCAACUUGGGUCAACAUGGUCAAUGAGAUUCAAAAGGCUUCUCUUUCGACACGCCUUGGGAUCCCUAUGAUCUAUGGGAUUGAUGCUGUUCACGGUCACAACAACGUCUAUGGCGCUACCAUUUUCCCUCACAAUGUAGGCCUUGGAGUCACCAGAGAUCCUAACCUUCUUAAGAGGAUUGGGGCAGCAACGGCUCUUGAAGUUAGAGCUACUGGAAUCCCAUAUGCCUUUGCUCCCUGCAUUGCAGUUUGUAGGGAUCCGAGAUGGGGAAGAUGCUACGAGAGCUAUAGUGAGGAUUACAGAAUCGUUCAGCAGAUGACUGAGAUUAUACCCGGGUUGCAAGGUGACCUUCCUACCAAGCGAAGAGGUGUUCCCUUUGUCGGUGGCAAAUCAAAGGUCGCUGCAUGUGCUAAGCAUUUUGUGGGAGAUGGAGGUACAGUGAGAGGGAUAGAUGAGAACAACACGGUGACUGACAAGAACGGGCUGUUCGGAAUCCACAUGCCUGGAUAUUACAACGCUGUAAACAAGGGUGUUGCAACGGUUAUGGUGUCUUACUCUGCCUUGAACGGUUUGAGAAUGCAUGCUAACAAGGAACUAGUCACUGGUUUCCUCAAGAACAAGUUGAAGUUCAGAGGUUUUGUCAUCUCUGAUUGGCAGGGGAUUGAUAGGAUCACGAAUCCACCACAUCUUAACUAUUCAUCCUCUCUUUACGCGGGAAUCAGCGCUGGAAUUGACAUGAUUAUGGUGCCAUACAACUACACAGAGUUCAUAGAUGAAAUCAACAGUCAGAUAAAGAAGAAGCUGAUCCCAAUGAGCAGGAUUGAUGAUGCCGUGAAGAGAAUCUUAAGGGUUAAAUUCACAAUGGGACUCUUUGAGGAGCCACUGGCUGAUCUCAGCUUUGCCAACCAGCUUGGUAGCAAGGAACAUAGGGAGCUAGCUCGUGAAGCCGUGAGGAAGUCUCUAGUGCUGCUGAAGAACGGCAAGAAGAAGGGAGAUAAACCAGUGCUUCCUCUGCCUAAGAAGACAGGAAAGAUCCUUGUGGCUGGAACACACGCUGAUAACUUGGGAAACCAAUGCGGUGGCUGGACCAUCACGUGGCAAGGACUUAACGGCAACGACCUCACCGUCGGAACAACGAUCCUCACCGCUGUGAAGAACACAGUGGCUCCAACCACACAAGUCGUCUACAACGCAAACCCCGACGCAAACUUCGUGAAGUCUGGUAAAUUUGACUACGCUAUCGUGGUUGUCGGCGAGCCGCCGUAUGCUGAGAUGUUUGGUGACAGUACGAACCUAACCAUAAGUGAACCGGGUCCGAGCACGAUAGGGAACGUGUGUGGAUCGGUGAAGUGUGUGGUGGUUGUGGUCUCUGGCCGUCCUGUGGUGAUGCAGCCUUAUGUCUCGAAGAUUGAUGCUCUUGUGGCAGCUUGGCUUCCGGGAACGGAAGGUCAAGGAGUGGCUGAUGCUUUGUUUGGUGAUUAUGGGUUUACUGGAAAGUUGGCCAGGACUUGGUUUAAGUCGGUUAAGCAGCUGCCGAUGAACGUUGGCGAUAAGUAUUACGACCCGUUGUACCCGUUUGGUUACGGGUUGACCACAAAACCGAACAAGUUGUAGACUUGUCUUGGUUCGGAGGAAAUAAGUUUACUUUUUGAGCAAACAAAAGAGAGAUAUUAAAGGACCCAACGAAAUAAUUUCGGUGAGCAGUUUUUUUUUUGGGUUUGCACUCGUUAAGGUUGAGGUUGUGUAUGAGACUAGUGUGUUAUAAGCAUCCAUGAUUUGAACCAGCCUCUUUUGUUA